AUGAGUUACGAACAUUUCGGAGGGACUAAAAAAAUAUUGUCCUUCGUAGCAGAAGAUUGGAAGUUGUUAUUAUUUUUGACGAUAUUGUUCGCCCUAUAUUUUUACUACACUAGUACAUUUGAUUUUUUCGAAAAGAAAGGGGUGCCUUAUCUGAAGCCUACAAUUUUUCUGGGUACUUUAUGGCCCAGAUUGACUGGAAAGAAGUCAUUUCACGAUUUCCAGUUGGACAUUUAUAAACACUUUCAAGGCCAACCUUAUGGAGGUACAUUUGAAGGAAGGCGACCAUCUCUAUAUGUGUUUAACCCUGACCUAAUCAAAGCAGUGACAAUUCGGGACUUUGACCAUUUUGUGGACCGCAACUCUCUCAACCUGAAGGAACCUCGAUAUUUACGUAGAUCACUCCUUGUUCUGAAGGGCACAGAAUGGAAGGCAGUUCGAAGUACUCUCACACCAACUUUCAAUUCCCUCCGUCUGAAGAAAAUGCUACCUCUUAUGGAACAUAGUGCCCAGAAGAUGGUUGAGUUUUUAAAACAGUAUGAUAAAAAAGAUGUGGAAAUGAAGGACACAAUGGGCCAUCUCACUCUGGAAGUUAUAGGCGCUUGCGCAUUUGGUAUUAAAUGCGAUGCUUUAGAUGACGAAAACGCACAUUUCGUUAAGGUGGCCGAAAAAUUCAACUACAUGACAAAAUCGAAGAAGUUUCUCAUAUUUUUUGUUCUCAUAUUCAUGCCUAAAAUGUUCCAAUAUCUUAACAUAUCUCUCAUACAUCGCGAGACUUGUGAGGAAUUGAUGGGAAUGUUAAAGGCUGCCAAAGCUGAGAGGAGGCAAUCGGGAGUUAGAAGAAAUGAUUUCUUACAAUUACUCCUCGACGCAUAUGAGGAAGACAAAAAAUCAGGUAACAUGAAAUGUUUGGACGACGAUACAAUCGACGCACAAGCCUUGCUAUUUUUAUUAGCAGGCUACGAGACCUCUGCAACAUUAUUAUCGUUCGCCAUAUACACAUUAGCAACACACCCUGAACUACAAGAUAACCUGAGGGCUAAUAUACAGGAAGAAACUGAAGGAAAAGAAUUAAGCUAUGAUCUCCUAAUGCAGUUGCCGAUGCUUGAAGGAUUUCUUUUAGAAACCCUGCGCAUUUAUCCACCCCUUGGCCGACUAGACAGGUUAUGUGUCAAAGAAUAUACUCUCCCAGGAACCAAUGUAAUGGUUGACGUCGGCGAUGUUGUAUGUAUAAACGUUAUUGGUAUCCACAUGGACCCUAACUACUAUCCUGAGCCGGAAAAGUUCAAGCCUGAGAGGUUUAUGUAUGAUGAAAAAAAAAAUAGACCGUCGCAUUUGUUUUUACCUUUUGGCGUUGGUCCUAGAAAUUGUAUUGGUCUUCGUUUCGCCAUGCUUUCCGCUAAAACGGCGAUGGUAGCUCUCGUAAAGAACUUCAAAUUUUCAACCUGCGAGAAAACGGAAAAGCCUGUAAAAUUUUGCACAAGUGGUAUGUUGCUGAAAGCUGAAAAUGGCCUUUGGGUGCGCGUAGAAGCUUUAUGAUUCCAUAGCACAUAAACAGCAUGAACUAUGUUGAAAGUCACCAUUAUCAAUUUCCCUUGUACGAGGAAUACCAUACACAUUAAGUUCCUAAAAAAUCCGCUAGAUGGCAUUAGGAUCGAAAUGAAACGCGCUAUCGUUUUGUUACGCGCGAUUGUAUGUAAGAAACUCGAACAGCGACCCUGUUAACUCUGGUUUCCCUUCAAAACGCAUAAAUCUUUCGCCUUUUACUAAAGAUUUCCGUGGAGGGGAACACUCAAAUGAGUCUUAGAUAAUUUUUUGUCGCCCUGCUAACGCGGGGCCUAUAAUAUUUUUUACUUUGCUACUUGGCAAGCUGCUGGUACUACGAACAAUAAUACAAGUAUCGUGUUUUACAGAUUUCAUGUUUUCUGUUUAACUGUAUUGUAUUCCAUUGACUUGAUUCCAUAUUUUUAAAUUAUUGUUCCUUUUUUAGCUAAUGUGAAUGUUAGUAAAUUUUAAAGUAGUGGGUAUGUUAUAAUAAUAUAACAGUAAUAUUAUGUAGACGCAGCAUUAUUUUUGAAUUAUUUAUGGGUAAUUUGUAUAAAAAAUUAUAAGCGAAUUACAAAGAUUUUUAUAUACAUAAUAAGUGAUUAUAAAUGUACAAAUUGUAAUUUCUAAAAUUUUGCAUGUUACCAUUGUGUCUGCAUUUCAAAAUAUGUUUUUACGAAUCUAAAAUAAUCUCGAUUUUGUGAUAUUUAUAAUGUAGGAAGAACUAAUGUUUGAAGCCAGUUAUUUACCUAACACCUAUAUUUUUGCCGCUUUAAUGAGAACGACGCUAUCUACUACACAAGGGUAAAAUUAUUUCUUAGUUUCGGCUGAGAUCUCCAAUAUAUUUAUAUUGGAGAUCUCAGCAAUGGAAUUUUAGGUCGUUUUAGGACAUGAAAAUUUACUAUAUUUUUGUCACGAUUAACCUGACUUAUUUGACGUAGUU